AUGCCUUUGGUAACGUUGCACGUGUUACGUUCAUUUUGUUUAAAUAAGCUCACCAUUCCAUUGAGAUUAGCAGCAACCGGCCAUCUGGUUAGAACACGGAAGUGUGCUAUUUAUCAAGAAUUCGCUAGAAAAAUGUCUUACACAUUCGUCGAGAGGGGUAGUUUGAACACGACAGAUUAUAGGAUAUAUUUUAAGAAUGAAGAUGGACCGAUUUCUCCCUUUCAUGACAUUCCUCUUUAUGCUGAUGAGACAAAUAAGAUUUUUAAUAUGAUUGUUGAAAUACCACGAUGGACAAACGCAAAGAUGGAGAUAAGUCGUUCAGAUCCUUUAAAUCCUAUUAAACAAGAUACUAAAAAAGGAAAAGUAAGAUACGUUGCAAAUUGUUUUCCUCAUCACGGUUAUAUAUGGAAUUAUGGUGCUCUUCCUCAGACAUGGGAAAAUCCAGAUGUAUUAGAUGAAGCAACUGGAUGCAAAGGAGACAAUGAUCCAAUUGAUGUUCUUGAAAUAGGUUAUAAAGUUGCUAAUAGAGGUGAAGUUUUAAAUGUCAAAGUACUUGGAGCUAUUGCUCUUAUUGAUGAAGGAGAAACUGAUUGGAAGAUUAUUGUGAUAGAUGUAAAUGAUCCUUUAGCAGAUCAUAUAAAUGAUGUAAGCGAUAUAGAAAAGCAUUUUCCUGGCUUAAUGAAAGCUACUAUUGAAUGGUUCAAAAUUUAUAAAAUUCCUGAUGGUAAGCCAGAAAAUCAAUUUGCCUUUAAUGGUGAAGCUAAAUCAAAAGAUUUUGCGUUACGUAUUAUCGAAGAAGUAAAUCAACAUUGGCAAUGUCUUAUUAAAAAAGAUUCUCUUACUAAUGGAAUCUCAUGUAUAAAUGUAACCAUAGAGGGUUGUUCACAUAAAAUAUCUUUAAAUGAUGCUGAAGAGAUAGUGGAGAAAGCUCCAAAAAAAGCAGAGCCACAAGUUAUAGAUUCUAUUGUCAAUAAGUGGCAUUAUAUUCAUCUUAAAUGAAGAUAAAUGGAUAUUAUAUAUCACAGCAAAUUAUCAUCCGCACUGAUAUGCUCUAUUUGCUGGCAAUUGAUAGAGCAAUUUCCUACUUUUCAUUUUUACACUAAAUUCAUGCAUUACAAUUAUCUAUAUAUUCUCACUAGUUAUAGGUAGUAUUUAAUAUUAUUAGCUAUUUCUGCAGUACUAUAGUAAUAAAACGUGCAACAUACUAAAUUCAAUAUUUUGAAAUCAACAAAGAAAUACAUAAAUUCAAUGUUUAAAAAUAUAGUAAGAAUUAAUAUUAACAUUAUCGUCACACAUAUACAUAAACAAUGAAAUUAUAAAAACAGCACGAUAUCUUUGCUACAGCACUGCAUGAUUACUAACGUUUUCACUUUGAAAACAAGCCUCAUAUUGUAACAGGUUGUGAUAUACUUACACAAAGUAGCUGAGUAAAGGGUUCUAUUAGAUGAAA